CCACCCCAACCAAAACGCAACCACAACAACGUAUGUACUUCACCGCACGAAACUUGUUCUCCGGUCUCCGUCGCCGCCACCACCACCACCGCCGCCGCUGCCGGAAAUCCACUUUCCCCCAAUCUCCGAAGGAGGGCUCAAUCGUGAAUUAUUUACUUCACGGAUGGACUCCCCGGGCACGCCGACCAGGGCCGCCGCCGCGUCGGGGCGAUCGUCAGUGAUCGAUUCGAUACGCGGGUGCACGCUUUCCGGCGUGCGAAUCCCGAGGGAGGAUCUGAAGAAGAAGAUCACCUUCCCGGAGUAUAUCAGGCUCGCCAUGAGGGAGGCGAUCCGUGCCCAGGACGUCGACGCCGCCGCCGUGGCUCAGUUCUACGAGGCGGCUCACGCCCAAGGAGCCGAGCCGGCCGAGCCGCCUGAGUUUCCGUUGAUUGUUUUCAUCAAUUCCAAGAGCGGUGGCCGCCACGGCCCAGAACUCAAGGCCCGCCUCCAGGACCUCAUGGGCGAAGAACAGGUUUUCGAUCUGUUAGCUGUGAAGCCUCACGAAUUUGUUCAAUACGGAUUGAGUUGCCUGGAAAAGUUUGCUAGUCUUGGAGACACCUGUGCGAAAGAGACUCGUGAAAAACUUCGAGUCGUGGUGGCAGGAGGUGAUGGUACAGUUGGUUGGGUCCUAGGUUGUCUCGGAGAGCUUAACAGACAGGACAGGCUUCCAGUUCCACCGACUGGAAUUAUUCCACUUGGUACUGGAAACGAUUUGUCCCGGAGUUUUGGUUGGGGAGGUUCGUUCCCUUUCAAUUGGAAAUCAGCCAUUAAAAGAACUCUCGACAAAGUUGCACGUGGCCCUACUACUCUCCUGGAUAGUUGGCAUCUUUUGAUAUCAACGCCAGCUGGCGAGGAGUUGGAGAUACCCUAUUCCCUCAAGGAAACAGAAGCAGUUCCACUUGACGAGGAACUGGAAGUUGAAGGAGAAUUGCCGGAGAAGGUUUCCUGCUAUCAAGGAGUUUUCUAUAAUUAUUUCAGCAUAGGAAUGGACGCCCAAGUUGCUUACGGUUUCCACAGCUUACGCAAUGAGAAACCUUACCUUGCUCAAGGUCCUAUCUCCAACAAGGUGCCAAUUGUCCUUUCCCUAAUCGACAAAUAUUACUUCUUGAACUUUUUCUCUAUUUACUCAUCAUUAGUUAUAUGUAGAAAUGUUCGUUUAUUUUAAAAGAAUCUAGAACAGGGUUAGAAGGACCAAAAGUUG